CGCACAAGCGCCGCUGAGAAGAGGCAAAAGAAGACGCGCCGGAAGAAGUGGUCGCGUCCAUGUCGUGAAUGUGAAGAAGAUUGUGAUUUUAUCCAACUGCGGAACUCAUCGAGAUCAUAAGCGAAUCAUAUACCAUCCCGACCUGCGCAACUAUUGCUGUCCAACGGCGGACUGAUAGUCUAGUUUGGCUUCAGCUGUCACUUCCUUCCAAAUGAAGGACGGCAAGGAGAACUCUAACACCACUGCUGGAAGUUUUGCCACAAGUCUGGACCAUACAAAGCCAUGCUGGUACUGGGACAAGAAGGACCUGGCCCACACCCCGUCCCAGUCCGAUGGCAUGGAUCCAGCCACAGAAGCCCGGUACAGACGAGAGGGAGCCCGGUUCAUAUUCGACGUCGGGACACGUCUGGGACUACAUUAUGACACUCUGGCAACUGGAAUAACAUACUUUCAUCGUUUUUACAUGUUUCAUUCUUUCAAACAGUUUCCCAGAUAUGUGACUGGGGCUUGUUGUCUUUUCUUGGCUGGUAAAGUGGAAGAAACCCCCAAGAAGUGUAAAGACAUCAUUAAAACGACCCGCAGUCUGCUCAAUGACGUGCAGUUUGCACAGUUUGGAGAUGAUCCAAAGGAAGAGGUCAUGGUCUUGGAAAGAAUUUUACUUCAGACAAUCAAGUUUGAUUUACAAGUUGAGCACCCCUACCAGUUUCUGCUGCGCUAUGCUAAACAGCUCAAAGGUGACAAGAACAAAGUUCAGAAGCUUGUGCAGAUGGCAUGGACCUUUGUCAAUGAUAGCCUCUGCACAAUGCUGUCCCUUCAGUGGGAGACAGAGAUCAUAGCAGUGGCAGUCAUGUACCUCGCCGGCCGGCUGUGUAAGUUUGACAUUCAGGAGUGGACGUCUAAGCAGUCGUCUCGCCGCUGGUGGGAGCAGUUUGUGCAGGAUGUGCCGGUGGAGCUGCUGGAGGACAUCUGCCACCAGAUUCUGGAUUUGUACUCUCAGGGUAAGCAGCCGAUACCCCAGCAGCCUCAGAUACAGGACAAAGAGAAACCUCCACCCCCUCCUGCUGCUCAGCCUGGCCAGUCAGGGGGGCAGAACCCACCUGCUCAACCUCCCUCCAAAAAAAACUCCCCCCAGGCCAGCCCACCCGCCAAGAUUAAACGACAACAUGUCUCUCCUAAAGACGAACCUAAAGCCCCAACAGAGCAAGUUGGGUCUAAGAUACCACGCCUGGAGAGUCCUAUGCCCCCUCUUCCUGUGUCCCAACCCCCAGAUCGUAAGGCUCCAUCUGCCGUCCCAGCUCCUCCCGCUGAAGCAGAACCGGCCACAUCAGCUGACAUGGAUCCAGCACAGGGCCCGGCUCCUCCUCUGCCGCACGGGGCCCCGCCCCCUUUGCCUCACCGCCCGCCACCCCCUCCUCCCUCCAGCUAUAUCAUGGGAAUGUCCACGUCCAGUUCGUACAUGUCCGGCGAGGGAUAUCAGAGUCUGCAGUCUAUGAUGAAGACUGAAGCGCCAUCCUACGCGCCCAUGCCCCCUUCAUUCGGCCUCCCGUACCACCCACACGUCUAUCCACAUUCAAACCCCCCACCUCCAGGCCCUCCUCCCCCAAGCACUUACCCUCCUCCCAAUCUGCCCCCACCCACCCCAGCUUACCCCCCUCCGGGCUACAACCCCAGCUACCCUCCUCCACCCCCACGUAUGCCACCAGGGCACACUGUGCCCCCUCCUGUAAUGGGCUUACCACCCGCUGGGUACCCACCUCCACCCGGCCAACCUCAGGUGCCGCUGCCGCCCCACGCCAUGCCGCCUGUGGCAGGAAUGAACAGAGGGGCGUGGAUGAGAUGAGAGGUGAAUUAAAUCAGUCCUUCACACCUUGGUUUAGGCCCAUGAUUCAUGUGCCUGUCUACAAUAUACAGUCUGUAUCAGGUUUAUAUGUAUUCUGAUGCAGGUUUCACAGGAAGGUACAGACAUUUCAGCUGCCGAGAAUACCACAGACUUCCGCUUGGGUUCAGGGUUUCACCGCUCUGUAGACUUUAUAUCCACCAAUGCGAUUUAAAGGGAUAGUUCACCCCAAAAUGAAAAACUGAUGUAUUUACUCUAGCUCGUGUUGUUCUAAAUCUGUAUGCAAAAGAGAAUUUUGAAAUAUCUUCAUGGAUAUUUUCCAUACAAUGGUUCACAUUGACCAUGUUUGGUCUAUAUAUAUAUAUAUAUAUAUAUAUAUAAAACAUCUAAAAAAAGAAUGGACCAUACAACUUGUGAUCUACGACUUGGUCCAUAAGAUGUUUCUGAAGUCAUAUAAUAGAGAUGUUUUUAGCUUUUUACAAAGUUAUUAUAUGGUUUCACAUCUCAAGUAGUAAGGAUUACUUCAUAGUGUUUUUUUCUGGUCCGUAUGAAUGGUUUUUGCAUGAAAAGAAAAAAAAAAUCAUACAGGAGUUUUAUGUUUUGGGGAAACUAUCCCUUUAGAUUCGUUCACAUCACCACUUACAUUCCAAACCCAUUUUUGUGAAUGAAUAAUGAAUUCUUGGUUGUACAGAGAACCUUUUUUUUUUUAAAUGUUAUGUAUUCACUCCCCUUUGGCUUUGCUUUUUAGUUGGUGUGUUGCAGAAUUCAUCUUUUUUUCUUAUCAACAUGGGGAAAAAUAUCCCACAAAUCAUCCUUAGCAGUCCUUUUAUUCAGAUGCAUUUCUGGCAUCUUUGACUGACCUGAGAUCAAGUCCGUUGAUUGAUGGACAUGUUAGUUCCAUAGUUUCCCGUAUGUGCCUUAGUUUGGUUAGUAUUUAAUCAGCAAAGGACUUGCUAUGCUCAACCACCUUGUGUUUGCCUGUUGAUUUUUUUAGGCAGAUAAUAAAAGUCUUUUUCCCCUUG